CAGAAGGCAGCGGGCGAGGGCGCGGGGGCGGGGCUCUCCCGGCAUGCUCUGCGGCGCGCCUCCGCCCGCGCGAUUUGAAUCCUGCGUUUGAGUCGUCUUGGCGGAGGUUGUGGUGACGCCAUCAUGGGGGCUCCGGCGCUGCCCCCGACCUGGCAACUGUACCUCAAGAACUACCGUAUCGCCACCUUCAAGAACUGGCCCUUCCUGGAGNACUGCGCCUGCACCCCAGAGCGGAUGGCGGAGGCUGGCUUCAUCCACUGCCCUACCGAGAACGAGCCUGACUUGGCCCAGUGUUUUUUCUGCUUUAAGGAAUUGGAAGGCUGGGAACCCGAUGACAACCCGAUAGAGGAACAUAGAAAGCACUCCCCUGGCUGUGCCUUCCUUACUGUCAAGAAGCAGAUGGAAGAACUAACCGUCAGUGAAUUCUUGAAACUGGACAGACAGAGAGCCAAGAACAAAAUUGCUAAGGAGACCAACAACAAGCAAAAAGAGUUUGAAGAGACUGCAAAGACUACCCGCCAGUCAAUUGAGCAGCUGGCUGCCUUAUGCUGAGCCUUUGCUGAGAUAACCUGGACCUGAGUGACAUGCCACAUCUAAGCCACGCGUCCCAGCUUUCCCAGCCCGGGCCUCCUAGCAGGAUCUUAGAGAAGGAGACAGUGGUAUUUUGAAACUGGAUAUCAAAUAUUUUUGGUUUUGCUUUAAAGUGGCUACCUCUCUCUGGUUUUGUGGCUUUGCUCUAUUGUGACNUGGACUUAAGCAAUGAGGAAGUGAUGAAGGGACAGUGUUCUCUGACAGGACCUGCGGGGGUCGGGGUGCCUGUGCAAGGCCUUGGUUCUGGCUGUGAUAUUUCCAUACAGGGCUGCAUGGGUAAGUGUGGUUAUAUGUGUUUGUGCUGAUAAUUUUGUCCUGAUGAGUUUUCCUACCACGGGGUAACGGAAUAAAAUCACUUGAAAGAGUGGACUGUAA